GAGGUUCAAGCAAAGCAUAACUAAGGCAAUACAGACUAGGGACUGGGAAGCGCUUCAUUGCCUUAAAGGACUUUAAUGCAGCUCUCCUGCGACAGUCCACAUUUGAACUGUCUUGAAGAACACCACUUUCAGGCAAAUAAGCAAAUAAGCUUAGACUGAGCCUGUUUCUUCAGCCAACACGGCAUUCUUCGGUAGUUUUAACAAGCUGGAUUCCCGGAGCUCUUCACCAUGUGUGGUGGGUUUUAGAUACUCCAUGGAGCAACCCAUGGAGCAACCCAACUUCUACGAGGUCGACCCGAGGCCCCUGAUGACAAGCCUACCCCACAACCAGCAAAGUACCUACGGCUACAAAGAGAAUCCUGCAGCUGGAGAUCUCAACGAAAUUUGCGAGAACGAAAGUUCGAUAGACAUUAGCGCCUACAUUGACCCUGCAGCCUUUAACGACGAGUUUUUGGCUGACUUAUUCCACAACAGCUCUAAGCAAGAGAAAUCCAAGCUGGCGAGCGGAGAGUUCGAGUACCCCAACGGGGCCAAUACCAGUGCACCAGGCGGUCACCAACAAGCGUUUGGCUGCAUGGCUAGUUAUUUGGACUCCUCUAAGCUGGAGCCCAUCUAUGACCACCCUUCCAGAGUCCGACCCGUGGCAAUCAAACGGGAGCCCGGGGAAGAUGAAGAUGCCAACCAAGCUUCAAUGCCGCCUUUAUACCCACACCAUCACCACCGCCACCCUCACAACCAACAGCAUCUACCGCAUCUCCAAUACCAGGUCGCGCAUUGUGCACAGACCACUAUGCAUCUUCAACCCGGCCACCCGACGCCUCCACCUACCCCCGUGCCGAGUCCUCAACACCAACAGAAUCACCUGCCUGGGGGGUCGAUAAAGAUGAUGGGCGGUGGAGACAGGGGCAAAGGCAAAAAACACGUUGACAAGAGCAGCGGCGAGUAUCGCCUUAGGAGAGAGCGAAACAACAUUGCUGUGAGGAAGAGCCGGGACAAGGCGAAGAUAAGGAACGUGGAAACCCAGCAUAAAGUGAUGGAGCUCGCAACUGAUAACGAAAGACUGCGCAAGAGGGUAGAACACCUCACCAGAGAACUGGAUACAUUGAGAGGGAUCUUCAGGCAACUUCCUGACGGUUCCUUGGUCAAAGCCAUGGGGAACUGUGCGUAAAAAAUGGACUUAAAAAAAAAAAAAAACUCUGGGACUCAGAACUAGCUGGUACAAUGUUUUCUGUUGGGUCUUAGUAGUGAACUAAAGCUCUGACAGAAUCUCAAACUUUAUUUAAAAGAGCGAGCCAGGCAGCUGCGAUAUAAAUAUCUGUGCCUUUUGUACAAAAAUAAGCUUAUUUUUUUAACACGUAAGUGUUGAAUUGGAGGUAUAAAUGCUUCGUACCGUAUACAAAUGUAAAAAUGCGUAAUGUGUGUCCUUAGCUUGUGCAGCAGUUAUAUUUGUUUGUUUUGCAUUUAAACAUACCAUCACAAAAAAUAUGCGCUGUGCCUUUUAAACAUUGCAAGUCUGUAUGUUACUUUUUUUUUUUUAUUAACAUAUUGAUGUCCACGACUUCAACUUGUGUUGUUGUCUUUUGUUAACAACAAUAAAAUAUAUAUAUAUUUUUUUUA